AUGAUAAUAGCAUUUGACAUAGGACUGAGGAAGUUGGUGGAUCACAAUAUUGACAAUAACUUCAUUUCAAACUUUAUUGACAAUUCGGAAGAAGUGGAAACUGCAAUAUCUGGUGGAAGUGAGGGAGAGAACAUUGCUGAUUACAAUGACGGUGAAUGUGAAACGGUUCCAGAGGUUAAUAUGCAACCAAUAGAGGCUGCUUCAUCUAAUCUGGAUCCUACCAAUUUCUUUGAAAGCUUUACGAAUUUUGUCCCCAGUGAAUCAAUAAUGAACUUAUCGAACACUUAUCUCGGCACGGAUACAGAUUUUGAUGCAUCUGCAAUUUUUAAUCUUUCCGCUAUAAUGCAAAACCAGUCUGGAUCUGUUGCUGGUGCUAGUGACUACAUGGCACUUUUCGAUGGUGCUGACACAAAUGCAUCGAAUCAUGAUAACGAAGGUUUCGAAUUGAAUUUCGACAAUUUGCCUGGCGGAAAUGAAAAUAAAGAUGAGACAGGCAAAAAUGAUUGCUUUUUCGAUUUCUAG